AUGAACAACCUCAGGCGCAAGGACCACCGCGGGGCCGUUGACUUCAACGGUCCCGGCCAUUACCACGGCCCCACAGUCCGGCAUCGGACCGUCCAAGCAGUAUCGACGCCUCUCACGACACCGGCUUCAAUUGCUCUGUCGAUGUCAAAGACUACUGUCUCCCCUGGUCUCAUGUCUUUUGAUUUUUUUCAGCAGCCAAUUCAAUCAAUUCAUUCCGAUUUCAACAUUGGCUGCUAUCGGUCUGCUUCACCAGCCAAGUUGGACCUGGGCCUGGAGUCUUGUGCCAAUUGGGCUGGUGAACUCGACAUGCGAGAGAUGAGUACAAUUUCUACCAUCAGUGCCGAUACUUCUUCUACUGGUUCCAUUUUCUCCUCUGUUCCGACCGAAUUCAGUGAUGCAAUGACCGUCCGUAACGGUAGAGGUCGCUCAAGAGGUCCGAGUCCGCUAAGUCGAGGUGGGCGAACUAACAGCACUGAUAAUUCGACGCCUUCUUUCGUCUGCCUUGGCCCUCAAUGCCAGCGAGCUUUCUCGUCUGACAAGGACCUCAAAUCCCACGUCAAAUCUUGUCACACGUAUCUGUGUAACUGGGCUGGCUGUGACCAGCCGAGCUUUUCCACCAGGGACGGACUCAUCUACCAUGUCAAAGUCAAACAUCUUGUCAUUUGUCCAUCACCCGGCUGCACAGAGACGACAUUUCAGAGUAUUCGCCUUCUUCAGUCUCACAUAGCCAUGGCUCACCCUGAGGAUGGCAGAGAUGAUGCAAAGGAAUGGGAGCUUCCAGCAAAGAUGAAUGCAAUCAUAAAGACGGGCAACAGGUCAUCGUCAAGUGAAACGCCCACCACUACUCUUGCGUCCCUCAAAAGAAAGAACAGAGAUCAGGAUACAGAUAUGUCUACGGAUGUGGUUAAGACGAAACAUCAAUGUCAAGAUCGCCUACAGGUCGUCGUCGAGAAGCAAGCUAGAAAGAACACUGGUACUCCACGAAGUGCUGAAAGUCCGACAGACCUUAUCAGAGGGCGAGCCUCACGGUGUAUAGAGGUAACGAGCUUUCCUCUGGUCUUUGAGCACGCCAUUCUUCCUUUUCUUUCCCAAUAUCUGCCUCUCUGGGUUGGGCCCCGUCACGUAGUCACUGUCACUCGAGGCAAAUCCCCACAGAUGAAGCGAAUUUGCAUCAUGGCUCCAAGAAUCAUUUCUCGUGCUCGAAAGAUUAUCAUUGUCAGCCACGUUCAAGAUCUUAUUCCCAGCAACUUUUCCAAGCUAGUCACGUUUGCUUUUACGCAAGGAGAGGUCAAUCGCACCGUUACCUGGGCUCGUGGCCUAGACAAAAAUCACAGAGACGAUAUUUGUGCCGCGAGAAACCCCUACUUCUUCCGCGAUCCUUGCAUGGGUGACAGUAUCGGUGUCACAGGAAAUGGGGUAUUUGAAGAUAGCACUGCUACCCUUGGUCCUUGCAUCACCGUUGGUGGUGGGAGUUACUGGUUGGGCAACUUUCAUCCCUUCAUGGAGGCCUACCAACAGCUCGUUCAAGUGGAGGUUGAGCAUCCAUCUUCCCAAGAUCGCAAGCGAUGCAUAGACGAGGGGCAUGAUGCCAUGGCCCAGGAAACGAACUUCAGGCUCGGUAAGCUCGAAGUCACAUCAGGUCUGAACCUCAAGACGACGAGAAUUUCACAUGAUCCUUAUUGGGAUGAGUGUGAUAUGGAUAGGCCCCUUGUCGUAACAGACUGGGCUCUCAUCGGUGCUCGUACUUCACAAGCAAACAUCCUUCGCAAAUUCCCCUCAGAAACCCAGCCUCCAACUCAGGAACCAACCGUAGCUACUACAACCGCUAUUUUGCCAGGUGCAGAUGUUCUGUCUAGCGGUCGAACAUCUGGCUAUCAGCGCGGUCAGAUUUGCGAGAUUCCUGCGUAUGUCUCUGGCGUGGAGAACCAGACGCAGAAGGCUACAAGAGAAUGGUUCAUCGAGGAACCAUGGCCGCAAGAGGAUGAGGAUGCCUGGAUACGUGGAGGCAUUGGAGUCAACGGCGACAGUGGCGCUGGAGUUGUUGACGCCAAUACGCAUGGUUUAAUCGGUCAAGUCUGGGGUCGCAAUAACUAUUGGGGGCCCGGACAACGUGUCACCUACUUCACUCCCAUCGCAGACAUUUUCGACGAUAUUCAGGAAAAGUGUGGGCAGCAGUCACGCCCUCAACUUCCGCAGCAUCGCGAUGAAGCAAACUGCUUUCCGUUACAUCCAUCAUGUCGUCAGUGCUUCGAUCUACGGGUAUACCUCAAUAGUAGCAGGAGGAGCUCGCGGAUGUCGCUCCAAAGCAUGAUAAUGGGUACAGGUGAUGGCGACCAGGAUCUGACCUCUAUUGAGGCUGUCUCUGAGCUAGCUACACCAAAGGAUUACCACCGCUAUUCGGGCAUCGAAGAGACUCUGGCUUCUCUCAGCGGAAUCGUCUCUCCAGCAGGGCCCAGUGGUUAUCCUGGUACUCCCAUGAUAGCCGAUAUGAAGAGCCCCUAUGCUACCGAGCUGGAUCUUGGUGAUCUCGCCGGCGCCGGCUCCAGGUAA